AUGUAUAUUGACACAAGUAGUUGUCGAUUUCCAAAUACUCCAAUGUAUUUCACAAGUAUAUCGAGUGAUGCUGGUCAUUAUCUUCUUGUUGGUGUCAAUGCUAUUUAUGAACCAACCAAAAAUGGAUUUAUUAUUCGUGUUCAUUCAACAAGUAAUGAAUCAGCUGAUACACUCAUGGCUUGGUCAGUUCAAUAUAAAUGGAAUGUUAAUUGGUUCGGUUUUUCACCUUGA